AUGGCUCUUGAUCGGGAGCUGGAGCAGCCGCGCCCGACGCGAUGGCGGAAUCUAGCCGGCGUUGGAACGCUCGUAAUCAGUGCAACGGCGGUCACGCAGAGUAACUCGGGCGCUAGUUUGGUGGACAUCGUUACCUCUUCGGCAGAAACAACGGGCACGGUGGAAGAGGUGGCCCCGCUUUCCUUCCAGGCGCUCAACUUCUACCACAUCCGGGACGGCAAGCCGGCGCAGGACUACCCGUGGCUCCAGGAUGUGAAGCUCAUCGAACCCCACCGCGAGACAACCAUGUCGGUUUCAUCGCCCCGAGACGGCUACGACUACAUCUGGGAGGUGCGCAGCGGCGACACGGACAACACCAAAGUGCGUGCGUCGGCGAGAGGGGCGGUGGUCCUCAUAACCCUGACGAUUCUCGACGACAACGUGAUCACGCUGAAGGAGGUCAACUCCGACGGGGAGAUCAUGCGGCAGCUGGACGAGCUGGUGAUGGUCAAGUAUGUUCGCCGGGAGAUCAGAACUCUAACGGACAAUGAGCGAGAAGAGCUGUUUCAUGCGGUGAGAAAGUGGUAG